GGGUGUGUCGUUUGGCCCUGGAGUUGGAGAGGCGCUACGUGGUUCACAAUUGGAGACGAACAAAAGCACCCCUCCCCCUUCCUCAUGCUUCCCUGUAAUAAACAGUACCUGUCAUGUGGUGGUGCCCUGUAAACUCAGAUUGACAUUCUUGGUGUUUCAGCAAGUGGUGUCGGAUCUGGGAAAAAGGUUCAGUAUGGAUGGAAUGGAAUCGAGCAAUGAGGACAAUUGCUCAAGUGCCACAGGUAUGCUUCUUGCUAUGAAUGUUGACUCCACUGGAACAAGUUGUUUGGCAGAAGAAGAUGAAGGUGAUCCGUCUGAAUCUCAUGACUCUUCAAAUCAAGAAGGGGCAUUAGAGCCUGUCUUGAAAGAGCAACACAAGGACAAGUGCAGCCUGGAGCAGAAGCUGUGCGUAUUUUGUAACUGUGGAGAGCAGAGCUUACAUGGACAAAGAGAACUGAAGCAGUUUGAUCCAUCAGUUGUGUUGACGGAACUUGGAAACAGAGGGACUAACAGAACUGAGAGGGAUUCGUUGAGGCAUGCGAGUGUUUUGGGGGUGGAGGGGCUCUCGGAUGAGCUCACACGAGUUGGCUUUGAGCAAAGUGCAACAACAGUGGCUCUCUUUGAGUCAACAGGGCAUUUUUGGGCUCAUCAUUGGUGUGCAGCCUGGUCACAUGAUGUUGUGCAGGGUGAGGGGCAAAGACUGGUCAAUGUGGAUAAGGCUGUAAUCUCAGGUAUCUCACAGAAAUGCGAAUAUUGUAAACGGUUGGGUGCUACCAUUCGAUGCCAGAUGGAAGGAUGCUUAAGAUCAUACCACUUUCCCUGUGCAGCAGCAUCUGGAUCUUUCCAGUCAAUGAAAACCUUGACUCUUCUUUGUCCAGACCAUGCAGAUAAAGCAGUGCAAAUAGCAAAAGAUGAAGCAAAUUGUGGUGUGUGUGAUGCUCCAGGGGAUCUCCUAGAUCUUCUCUUCUGUACCAGUUGUGGACUGCACUAUCAUGGUGCAUGCUUGGAAAUUGUAGUGACACCAGUUAAGCGUGCUGGUUGGCAAUGUCCUGAGUGCAAAGUGUGCCAGACUUGCAGGCAGCCUGGUGCGGACACGAUGAUGCUGGUGUGUGAUGCGUGUGACAAGGGCUAUCAUACGUUUUGUUUGAAACCAGCAAUGGAGUCACUGCCUACUGAUAGCUGGAAAUGCAAGAACUGUCGUGUAUGCAGUGAUUGUGGUUCAAGAUCUGCAGGGAAACAUGCUAAUACACAGUGGCAUCUGAACUACUCAAUUUGUGAGAAAUGUUAUUGGCAAAAGAACAGGAAUAGUGCCGUGUGUACGAUAUGUGGUAAAACAAAUGGUCAAACAGGUGACACUUUAAGCUGCCAUAUAUGCCAAAAGUGGAUCCAUGCAAACUGUGGCCCUUCAUCUCUCAACUUGCCAGGGCACCCAUACACAUGUUCAGUGUGUAAAAACCCAGUGCAAAAUACAGGGCUUUCAUCUCCUAAGCCUGUUGAUGAAAGGCAAUUGAAACUUGAGUCAGCGGCAUCAGAGAAGAUAGAAGAACAAACAGAGUUGACUGGAAAGCAGCAAAUGGACUUGAAACCAGAAGAAAAAUUGAGUGAAUGUAUUGCUGAAGACUCUUUGCAUGAACAGGAGGAUUCUAUCAAUACGGACAGUAAGGUGGAACUGGAAAUUUCAAAACAACUAUCAGAAAUUAAUACCACGGAACAGGUGGAAUGCCAAUCUCUUGCUUCUUUGGAGGAAAAUGGAAUUAGGGGCUUAACUACAGAGAAAGAAUUAGAGCAUGACAAGCUUACUGAGGAAUUCGAUUCUGCUCAUAACACAGAGAUUCAUCACACUUCUGAAACUGUGAUGCAUGGUCCACAAUCUGACAGCAUUAAAAGUGCAGUGGAUUCUCCGUCUGCAGAAAAAGAAUUUGCAGAAUCCUUUAGCUCAGAUAAGACAGAUCAACAAGAAACAAAAAUGGAAAGAACUGUUCCUCUUUUUGACCAGGCAGAGACUUGCAUUAGUGCAGAUAUUGAUGCUAGUUCCAGUAGUUCCAUUCCACAGGAGACAAAAGUCGAUCAUCUUCCCACAGACUCUGACCUGAUGGAUUCUGUCAGUAUUUCUGCUGAAACACAGUUAGAUGGUGCCUCUUUUGUUUUAGUCAAGCAGGAGACUGGCAGAAUCCAUAAAAAUAAAACUGACCCCUGUGAUAUUCCUGCUGAUUCAACUUGUGGCUCUGAGCAUAGAGGUGAAGUUUCUGACAUGGUCACCGAUGGAAUGGAGACCAAGGAAGAUCCUGUUGAGAUGGAUGUUGAUGAUGUGACUCCUAUGGAGGUUAUAUCUGCAGGGAAUAGGCUGAAGACUGGGCAAGAUACUCAGAUGGAAAUCCAGGAUGUUGUAAGGGAAGAUUCUGCCUGUAACACGCUGAUUAAAUCUGAGAUUGUGGAGGAAAUGUCAAAUCAAAGUCAAACUGACUCAACUAGCACUGGCUUGGAACCAGAUUUUGCAAAUACUUUGGACCGUGAUGCAGGCUUGGUUUCAAUGGAUAUUUGUAUGACAGCAACAGAUGAUGUUUCUCCAAGGAUGGAAGAUGAGGCUGAAAAAUUAAGUUCAGACCUGCGGAUAACGGAAACAGAAGAUUCUUUGCCAGCUGAUCCUGGUAUGAUGAAAGGUGAAUCUGGCAAGCCUGCAGUUAUGAAGAGGCGUUUUUCACCAGGUCGGCCACGAGUCAAACAGGGUCGUUGUAACAGUUUUCCAGGUAAAAAGCGACCACGUGGUGGUCACGUUGGACGAGGGCGAGGGCGAUCACGCUUGAAGUCUGUAUCGGGAAUUUUGGAGUCUUUGGGGUCCACAGGUGUAGAUACGUCUCCAAGUAAAGAUGACGAUGAUGAUGAUGAUACAAUGCACAAUACAGUGGUCCUCUUCUCCACUGAGGACAAAUUUAUUCUCCUGCAGGAUAUGUGUGUUGUAUGCGGGAGCUUUGGACGAGGAAUGGAAGGACAGCUGUUGGCCUGUUCACAGUGUGGGCAGUGCUAUCACCCAUAUUGUGUUAAUAGUAAGAUCACAAAAGUUAUGUUGAGCAAAGGAUGGCGUUGCUUGGAAUGUAUUGUGUGUGAAGCAUGCGGCAAAGCUUCUGAUCCUGCUCGUUUAUUGUUGUGUGAUGAUUGUGAUAUAAGUUAUCACACAUACUGCCUGGAUCCACCAUUACAGACUGUGCCAAAGGGUGGUUGGAAAUGCAAGUGGUGUGUAUGCUGUACACAGUGUGGUGCUACAACACCUGGCUUUCACUGUGAAUGGCAGAAUAACUACACCCACUGUGCACCAUGUGGUAGCCUUGUUACUUGUCCAAGCUGUAAUGAAGACUAUGAAGAAGAGGACCUUCUCAUACAGUGUCACCAUUGUGAUAGGUGGGUCCAUGCAAUUUGUGAAAAUCUCUUCACAGAAGAAGAAGUGGAGCAAGCAGCAGAUGAGGGCUUUGAUUGUACUGCGUGUGAGCCAUUUGUUGUUCGUCCAGUUGUUCGAAGUGAAUCCCCUGUGGCUACACCUAUCAUCAAAAUGAAGGAUCCAGAACCGCGGUUUUAUAAUCAGGAUGGAGUAUGGCUGACAGAAUCUGGAAUGUCACAGUUCCGAAGUAUGGUACUUUCACCACCACACAAAAAAGGACCAAAGCCAAAACUAAAGAACAAACCUUCAACUCCAUGCAGCGAGCCAAUGUUGGGAGGAAUAGAUGGUUCAUCUGUAGAAAUAAAGAAAGAAGAAGGUGAUGGGGAGGAGGAUAAAGUUGCCAUGGAGCCAGGAGAAUGUGACAUAAAACCUGAUGCACCUAUCUGCCAGGAACAUGAUGUGUGUGCAAUAAACAAUCCUGGAAAAACAAGUGAGGAAACUGAAGAAGGGAAAAAGAGGAAAAGGAAGCCAUACCGACCUGGAAUUGGUGGAUUUAUGGUCCGUCAGAGGCAGUCGCGGAUGAAGAAUUUGAAUAAAAUCUCUGUGGCACAGCCUGGAAUGUCCAUUGACUGUCCGAAUAUUGAGUGCAACAAAGAAGAAGGUACUCAGGUAGAACUUCCAGCUGAGAAUGCCAGUGAUAUACCUGUGGUAGGACCAGAUGUAGGCGAGAAAGCAAAGAAAAGGCAGCGCCGAAAGAAAAGCAAGUUAGAGGAUUCCUUUCCAGCAUAUCUGCAGGAAGCGUUCUUUGGAAAGUCACUGCUGGACAGCAGUCGGAAAGUUUGCCUCAGCUCAGAGGGUUUCUCUGACAGUGAAAAUACUGAGUUCCCACAAGGCAGCUCUCGAUCAGACCCAGCAUCUCAGCAGAAGGACCCAACGGAUGAAAAGCUUGAUGGACCCCAGGAGAGGGUUCCUGAUGCAAAGACAAUCCAAGGCCCCCUCAAACGUAAUGGAGGGCCAAUCCCAGAUGACCCACCUAAAAUGGAGGAAGCUCAGCCAGAUGGAAUGGCUGGGAUUGACGUCUCAUCCAUAACGGAUGAGCUUUCAUCCAGUCAUCCUGAUGAGAACUCAAAGCGAAAUCAAGCUUUUAAUGAUGUUCCAGUGGAGGGUGCCCUCAGCUCAGAUCUUGACAAGAUCGUAACAGAGGAACUGGCACAAAUGGAGAGUAAAGAUGUACAGCAGCUCUUCACUGAUGUUCUGGGAUCACAGGGAAAUCAUCCACUUCCAGAAUCAACACUGAGUAGUGUCAAAACAGUAUCUGAAAGCCAUCUUCUCACUUCCCAUGGGUUAGGAGAACUCAUCAGACCUUCAUUAAGCCAGCAAUCUCUACUUCCUGGAGGGGCAGUGGCUGUUGGGCAACUUUCUCUUGGUGGUUCUCUGGCACAGACCUCAUCUUCAGCAGGGGAGUCUUUUCCUAAUGUCUGUCAGUCACCAUUUCUUGAAAGCAGGGAAAGGAGUAUCCCUUUCAGCCCAGAUAGUGGAGAGCAACAGAGCCCAUGGACAACUCCAGCUACACCAGCUACUCCAACCACCCCAACUACCCCCACCACUCCUACAGAGGGAGAAGGGGAUGGACUUUCCUAUAACCAGCGAAGUAUAUUGAGAUGGGAAAAAGAUGAAGCUUUGGGAGAAUUAUCAACCAUAUCACCUGUUCUCUACGCAAAUAUCAACUUCCCUAACUUGAGACAGGAUUACCCAGACUGGGCAAGUCGUUGUAAACAGAUCACUAAGAUUUGGAGGAAGGUCCCAGCAGCUGAUAAAGCACCAUUUCUGCAAAAGGCCAAAGACAACAGGGCAGCUCAACGAAUCAACAAAGCACAGAAGCAGGUUGAUAUGCAAGGUACCAAGCAGCCGAAAAUUGAGAGACAAGAGGUAAAGCAGGAUCGUAAGCCACCCCGUCAUCCACAUUCCGUGACUCAGAGUCCUGCAGUGACCAGUCUUAUUCCAGCAACAUUAGUUGUGGGGAAUUCUGGCUCCCCAGCAGAAAUGAGGAUUGACGGUUUAGGCCAGAAUGCUUCAUUACAUGGUAAUAAAUCAUUUACUACCUCGACUAAUGAAUUUGUCAAGCUGCAGGCAACAAGCCCAUCCCCAAAGGACUCCAGCAGUGACUUGUUCCCAAAACUGCAUUUGCAGUCUCCGACUGGAGUUGUGGCCCAAGAUCCUUUUGGGCAUUCGCUAACAUCGUAUCCUCAGGAACCCAAUGUAAAGUCUUCCAGUAAUCCAAGUCAAGCACCGGCAUGGAACAGCUCUCAUGACCAGUCAAGUGUACCUCGCCCUGUUGUUCCAGGCCGACCACAGCUGCUUGCCUCUUCAGAGCUGCAUGCUGCCACACCAGGGUUGUCACAUCAGCAACAUCCGGUAGCCCCAGACCCAUUCCUCCGAUCUAGAGUGCUUGGUGAAUCACAUGAUACCCAUACCAUUGACCAACCUUUAGGAAGUCCAGGGUUUCGAUCAUCACAGUCAACAGACUGUUACACAAAACCACUGGAAGCUUUAACGCUGCCAUCACCAACUGGAGACCAGAUAAGGCGACUUCCUGAUACAGAAAUUGGAGCACAGCAUCCAAGAAGUGAACAGUUUGCAGGAGUUAUGAGACAAGAUUUAAGUACAAAUUCCUUGGCUUCCCUUUACAGAGCUGCAAUGUUGGAUCCAAAUAUGAAUGUACGGUCACUUUCAGAUGGGAGGGAUAGAGAUAUCUUCAAAGCACCUUUAACUCCCAGAACAUCAUAUGUGGACCAAACGCCUACAAUGCCUACUCAGCGUUCUCAGGAACUACACCCUCAAUCUCAGGGUGUCUCACCACAGGCUCAAACUGAUUUGUAUCGCCAGUCUCCUUCCACACCAUUUUCAGAUCCAUAUCAUCAAUCUUCCUUAACACCGAGACCAUCUUCUAGUGAGAGCUGCUCUCCAUUACCUCCUAAAUCACUUCCUGCUGAUUCUCUGUCCAGGGUACCAAUGAGUCCACAAUCUCAAUGCAGUUCACCAUUGACACCCAGGCCACAUUCCAAUGAGGCAUUUCCUCAAUCUCCCAUUGCUUCUAGAUUCCAAUCACCAGACCCUUACUCAAGGCCACCUUCAAGAGAUCCUUAUGCUCAGCUUCACAAACCGCAAAGAUCCCAAAUGGUUGACACUGGAUUUAAAUCGUCGCCAGUGCCUCAUGGGCAACCCAGUAUCAGCAUUCAACAUUCAGCAAUGUUUUCUCAGCACAAUGACCCACAUCCAAAAGCGGCUUAUGUAAUACAACCUCAGUCUCCAAGGCCUCUCAGUUUUGAGUCAUGUGCCAAGACAUUUGCCACUGGUCAAUCACAAAGUCAAUUUCCUUUCACUUCAUCACCAGGAGAUAUGGUUAAAGAAUCCCAUUCUCAACCAUCAGUAUCUCAGAUGCCUCGAACAAAUAAUUUUCCAUCAAGUCAUCUACUGGGGAAUCAGCUCAACGUAGCUGAUGCUCAUUGCUCUCAACUCAGUGCUAGUAAUCAAUCAGGACCUCCAGAUGCAGUAGCUGUAACAAGAGAUGAGGCUUUCACCAAUAUGCCUUUAAGGCCAUCGUUGAUCAAGCAAGACACACUACCUUUACAACAAGAUUGCCCAUACCAGACUUCUAAUAAUCGAUCAGUAAGCGAUUCAUCUCCAUCAGAGAGAAGCAGUGAGACUUCCACACAAAUCCACACACCAGCAUCUCCCAGCAGAGAUUUAAGUGAGCUUCCAUUCAACAGGGGAGCACAAACUGGAAAUUUGAGUCAGACAGAACUUGAGAAACAGAGACAGCGUCAGAGGUUGCGUCAGCUGUUGAUACGUCAGCAAAUUCAACGGAAUAACUUAAGACAGGAGAAAGAGCAGGCGGCUGUGUGUGGUAGUGGCACUACUGCAGCCAGUUGGUCAAAAGAAAAUUCAAUUCAGCCCCAUGAGCUACAGGCAAGAGCACCGCCUCCAUACCCCGUCUCUCAGGAGCGGUCUGGCCUGCGAGGGCUGAUCCCUAGCUCUGGAAAUGGAAGGUCAAUGAAUCCAUUGGUCCUAGAAAAACAGCGCUUGUUUCCUCAAGAGGAGAGUCUCUGUCGACCUCCACAACCAGGCAUUGCUCCUACUGAGGAUGUGAAUGUGCCCAGACCACCAGUGGUUGGUAACCCACAAGGAUUCCACCCAAGAGGCAAGCCAGCUAAUCAACAGCAGCAGUGGCAACCACAGUUAAUACAAAGGCUCCCUGGGCAGACUCGGUUCCACCAACCUGAAUCUUUGCAUAGGCCUGGAAUGACAAUGCAAAUGAACAGCACAGCUGGGCUUAACCCUAGGAUUGCCACUCAAAUCACUUUUCAAAAUGCGCAACAACAAAUUGUAGCUUCACCGAUCCCUGUGAGUCCUCAGUAUAUAGAAUUGAGGCACAAUUCCCAACGACUGCCCAUAACCACCCAAUUGAUACAGCGUGCUCCUCAGCCAAGACCACGCCUUCCAUUAGCAAAUCAAGAUAUCAGUUCAUUUGUGCACCAAAUGCAAGGAUGUAAGGUCAUAUCAAGAGGUCCAGGUACACCUUUACCACAGUCACCAGUUGGGAUUACGCUUUUGCCCCAACAAAAUAUUUCUACUCCAUUGCAAUCUUCACCUCAUUCAGUGGAAGUAUCAAGUUCCCAUCAGCAUAUACAGACAAAAGAUCCAUUGGAAUCUACAGUACAAGUUGAAGCACAACAGCCCUUUCAGACCAAUUCAUCGACUACACCAGCCACUUCAAGUUGCAGUACUGAUGGCUUGAAGGACAACACGGUAUCUUUUCCACUUAACUCUGUCCCAUCCAUCUCAAAUGUAGUUAGAGAGCACACAGAGUUGGAUCCUAGGAAAAUCUCUUGUGAUGAUUCAGUUGAAAAAUCUCUAGAUGAAGAACUCAAUUCACCCAAAGAGCUAGAUGAAGAAGAUGACCUUGCCAAUUUGAGUCUUGACCCAGAUAGUAAGACAGAUGAUGAACUUGGUAACCUUGAUAACCUGGAAACCAAUGAUCCCCACCUUGAUGAUCUUCUCAAAUGUGAGGAAUUUGAUCUAUUAGCUUAUACUGACCCUGAGCUAGACACUGGUGACAAAAAGGACAUAUUUACAGAGCAGUUGCGUUUAGUUGAAUCUGCAAAUGAGAAGGCAGAAGAAAAUCAGGAUAUUCUAGCUGAUCAGGAUGCUAUAAACACAGCUGAUGAAUGUACUAAUGAUAAUAUCAGCAGCUCUGAUUUAGAAAAGACUGAGAAAGAAGAGGAGAGUGGAAAGGCAAAAACUAAAUCUGAUAUUAUUGCAGAUGCUCUGAGCACUUCUGAUAGGGUUACUUGUGAGUCGGUGAAUAAUGUCAAUACAGAAACAAGCACUAACAGUCAAAGCAGUAACCCAGUCACUAGUGCCCCAUUGACUGCUAAUUCUCCUAAGCCUACUCUUGACCUAGUAUUGAAGGUUGAAGAGAAUGUUCCUCAAAGUUCAGCUUGCCAGUUUGUAGCAAAUACUUACACGGCUCAGACAGUACUGAUAAAAUCAGAAAGCCCAUCAAAGAGGGAAGAUGAGAGAGGAGCAGUGUCAAUGCUGCUCAAUCUGGGUACUGGACUUAAUGUCCAUACAAGUGUAGCACUGUGUCAGAGUUCUGCAUGUACUACUAGUGGAACACAGACAACUACUCAAAGUGGUACCAUUGCUUUGGGUAGUCAUGAGACUGCACAGAUCCCCAACAGUGAACAUUCUGCUGUGGACUUGGAAACUAUGCCAGGCACAUCUUCAGCACAGAUAAUAUCCAAGUUGCCUCUGGUUGUCCAGCCUAGGCCAUCAUUAGGUAAAUUUGGACUUGAUGAAAUGUGCCAGCAUGUGCCCAGUAUGGAGCCGAAACGCCAGUCUGUGGAUGACCUUGUCAAAGUGGAGAGCUCUUUGGAGGCAAGUGAGCUUCCACUACUACUCCAUGAUUUACUUGAACAAGAGAAAAUGGAACUGCAGCAACAGCAGUUGGGAGGAUCACAGUGUAUAUCUGCUCAACAGCAGCAGCAUUCAGGAUCAAAGGCCCAUCUUCCCGUUCUGCAACAGCAACAGCUUGAGGUUUCACAUCAGCAGACUCAUCCAGGGCUUCCCCAACACCUUCCAACAACACAGCCGUCUCAACACCUUGAAGGGUCACAACAAAAUUUAAACUUGCCACAACCACAUAUCUUGGGGGUGAUACAACAUCAUCAGUUGGGGAUCCCAAGAUCUCUUCCAUCUUCACAGCAGCAACAAUUGACAGCAUCGCAGCAACAACUUGGAGCCUCACCACAUGUAGUCAUGUCCCAACAGCAGCAGCAUAUGGCAACAGGGCAACAUCCAACUCAGCAGAUAGUGGCUUCUCAACAGAGUCAACAUCUGACCUCACCGCAUUUAUUGCCAUCUCAGCAGUUAGCUGUAUCGCAAAUGGGCAUCAUGCAGCAGACUCAGCAAGUUGUGAUGCAACAGCAGCAACAGUUAGCCAAUGCUUUCUUCCCAGACACAGAUUUGGAUAAAUUUGCAGCCGAUGAUAUCAUGGAUCCCAUUGCCAAAGCAAAAAUGGUGGCAUUGAAGGGAAUUAAAAAGGUCAUGGCACAAGGGAACAUCACUGUAGCACCUGGGAUGAAUAGACAGCAGGUUUCAUUACUCGCACAAAGGUUGGCUGGAGCUCCAGGAGCAAAUGAGGUUCAGACUAAGUUGCCACCUGGAAACAAUCAACAGGAAACCAAUAGUGAACAGGUGCAGACCCGGCCAAAUCCUCCAACCUUUGUUCAGGGGUUUAUAAAUGAGGCAGAACAUCGCCAAUAUGAAGAAUGGCUGCUUCACACUCAACAGCUACUUCAGAUGCAGCUAAAGUUUUUGGAAGAGCAGAUUGGUGUCCAUAGGAAGUCCAGAAAAGCAUUAUGUGCCAAACAACGGACAGCCAAGAAAGCAGGACGUGAAUUUCCUGAGGCUGAUGCAGAGAAACUUAAACGAGUUACAGAACAACAAAGUAAAAUCCAGAAACAACUUGAUCAGGUCCGUAAACAGCAAAAGGAACAUACAAAUCUUAUGACAGAAUAUCGGAAUAAACAACAGCAGAAAUGUUCUUUAUCUCCUUCAGGAGUGAUGGGGACAGCCACAUCCCAAAGUCCUCGUGUUAUGCCUAAACUUUCAGCACCUAUGUUAUCUGCAGCAUUAGCACAGCAAGGAGGACCAAUCCUUGGAUCACAAGCAUUAGCUCAGCAACAAAAUACACUAAUAGGACAUGCAGGAAAUAUAAAACUGCCACUUCAACAAGGACCAACUUUCUUGACAUCAGCUGUGACACAGCAACAAGAGUAUCCAUCUGCCACAGCAACUGUAUCAUCUUCCACUCCAACUAGCUUUUUUCCUGGGAAUUCUGCUGCUCAGACACUUGCAAAUGAAAAUAGACUCCUGCAAGAGAGACAGCUGCAGCUACAAAGAAUGCAGCUUAUUCAACAGCAAGGGCUGGUAGGGCCAUCUCAGCAGCAAAGCAUCAUGGGAAAAUUACAGCAACAAAGUAUCAUUGGACAGCUUCAGCCAACAACUCAGCAAAGUAUUGUUGGUAACAAAUCAACAUUGUCACAGCAAGCUAUCAUGGGCCAACAGCAGCAGGGCUUCAUUGGACAACAGCAGGGUAUUAUUGUCCAGCCACAACACCAACCAAGUCAGCAGCAACAAGCUCUUGUAGGACAACAACUACCACAGCAGCACACCAGCAUGGGUCAGGCUCAGCAGCAGCCAGGAGCACAGCACCAACAGAGUCUGGCCCCUCAACAACAACACUUAAGGCUGAUCAGUCAACAGCAUAUCUCGCCAAUUGGUCAACAGCAAGCCCUUCUUGGGCAUCAGCAAACUCACCAACAGGGGCUUGCAAAUCAACCUAAGCCUCCAAGGCCUCAGCAAGGUCUAAUGGCACAGCAGUUGGCACACCAACAAGGUCUUGCAGGUCAACAGCAAGUCCUUGCUUCUCAACAGCAGCAACAAAAUCUAAUUUUACAACAACAGACAUCCAAUGCUGCUUUGCAACAGCAGGGUCUUAUAGGACCUCAACAAGGAAUUGUUUCACAGAGUCAGCAAUUGGCAACAAUGACGCCAUUGCAACAACAUCAUCUUCAAACAGUUUCAGGGCAGCUUCACCCACAAAGUGUUAUCAGGCAAAACAGCAUCCUUAGACUUUCCACACCUUUGCCAGGUCAGCAACAAAGCACAAUGGGGCAUCAUGUUCGAAUGCAGGGUAUGAUGCGGCAGCAGUCGCAAGAUGUUUUAGGACAACACUUGGCAACACAAGGCAUAAUGAGUCAACAGACUCCAUUACAAUUUCUGAGGCACCAGCUGCCAGGUAUAAUAGGACAAGGACAGCAACAACAUCAAUCACAAGGAAUGGUUACACAGAGCAUAAGACAGCAGCAUCAGACCAUCGUUUCAGCAGAACAAGGACAGCAGUCCCAACCUCAGGGUACAGUGGACCAGGGUCAUCAGCAUCAGACUCAGAGUGCAGUUGGACAGGGCCAGGAGCAUCAGCCUCUUGCUGCAGUGGCGAUGGGACAGCAGUCAAAUGCUCCGCCACCACCACCCCAGCCCCAGUCAGCAAUGGGACAACAGCCAGUGCAACCCCCCCAACUCCAGAGCUUGAUAGGGCAACACCCACAACCAUCAUCGCAACCCCAAGAGGCAGUAGGUCAGCAAGUACAAUCCCAACCACAGAGUACCGUAGGGCAAGAUAUAGGACAACAAAUGACCCAAGGAUCUGGUCAGCCACUCUUGCCCCAGGCCCCCAUGGGAAAGCAGCUCCUGCCCCAGGCCUCUGUGGGUCAGCAACCGCCCACGCCCCAGGCUUCCAUGGGUCAGCAACCGCCCAUGCCCCAGGCCACUGUGGGCCAGCAGCUCACGCCCCAAGCCUCCAUAGGCCAGCGGUCUCCUCUCCAAGCUUCUGAGGGUCCGCGGCCCCCUGCCCAGGCUUCCGAGGGUCCGCGGCCCCCUGCCCAGGCUUCCGAGGGUCCGCGGCCCCCUGCCCAGGCUUCCGAGGGUCCGCGGCCCCCUGCCCAGGCUUCCGAGGGUCCGCGGCCCCCUGCCCAGGCCUCUGUGGGUCCGCGGCCCCCUGCCCAGGCCUCCGUGGAUCCGCAGCCGCCCACGCCCCAGGCCUCCGUGGGUCAGCAGCCGCCCAUGCCCCAGGCCUCUGUGGGUCAGCAGCCGCCCACGCCCCAGGCCUCCGUGGGUCAGCAGCCGCCCACGCCCCAGGCCUCCGUGGGUCAGCAGCCGCCCACGCCCCAGGCCUCCGUGGGUCAGCAGCCGCCCACAUCCCAGGCCUCUGUGGGUCAGCGGCCGCAAUCUCAGCCUUCCGUGUCUCAUCAACCCUCUCCCCAGGCCUCCGUGGCUCAGCGGCCUCAAUCCCAUCCCUCCGUGGGUCAGCAGCCCCAGGCCGCCGGGGGUCAGCAGCCCCAGCCCCAGGCCGCCGGGGGUCAGCAGCCCCAGCCCCAGGCCGCCGGGAGUCAGCAGCCCCAGCCCCAGGCCGCCGGGGGCCAGCAGCCCCAGCCCCAGUCUGCCAUGGGGCACAACAUAGUGCCACAGCAACAGGGAUGCCAGGCAACAGUGGGAAUGGGUCUGCAGCUUCCAGGACAAGCCCUGAUGGGAAUUGGACAGCAACAAAUGCAACCUCCGGCCAUGAUUGCACUGGCACAGCAGCAGCUGCACCUUCCGGGCACAAUGAUCUUAGGACAUCAACAACCCCAUGCCCCAAUUGGGAUGGGACAAUCCCAAUCUCAAAGCCAAUUGGGGCAGCCAAAGCUACAGCAGCAGCCCCCAGGUUUGAUUGGAAUGAGGCAAGGGCAGCAACAGCAACUGUUCCAGGGCCUGAUGGGACAGUGGCAGCUGCAGACACAAGUUGUAACCAAACAGGGACAAGCACAGAACCCAACAGGGCAAGGACAGCUGUCACAGACUUUGAUCCAGGAGCAAGGACCACAACAACCACGUCCACUGAGCAUAUUAGGGCAGGGCCAAGGACAGCAGCAACUGCAGGGCCUCAUAGUACAGAGACAGUCUCCAGGUACUGUGGGACAAGGACAGCGAAUGCAGAGUUUAGGUACAAUUAGUGGACAGAGCUUGCAGGCAUCUGGUAUGGCAGGGCAGGAUAAUCAGCACGAACAGCAACAAGAGCAGCCACCUCCAGGUACGUUGAGACAAGCCCAAAUUAUAAUAGAGCAGGAAUCUUUGCUGCCUCCACAGUGCAUAAUAGGGCAGAACCAUAACAAGGCACCAACUCAGAACAUGCCUACGAGUGCAGUAGGACUGGGACAGUCGCAGGGUAUUAUGUAUCAGAAUCUACAAACGCAGUCAGCAACUUCAGUGCAGCAAACAAUGCAACAAGGUGUUGCAGGGCAGCAGAGACCAAUGACUCAGCAAAGUCAAUUAAUGAGACGUGUACAGCCCUCUGUAGCGAAUCUCCAACAGAAUAAUGGCCUUGGUUUACAAGGAAUGCUGCGUGUUGCAACAUCUCAGCAUCAUGGAGCAGCAGGAGAUCUGGGGCUAGGGGUACCAAACACCAUGACUUCACAGUCAUUUCAACAGCAUCACGCAGGCUUGCGUUCAGUUCAAGUGACCAGUCAACAGAUAGGUUUAGGCCAUCUUCGUCCAGGUAUGGUUUAUGUUCAGCAGAUCAAAGCUGAACAUGGAGGGAAUCCACAAGAGAUGGCUCAUUUAAUUCAAAAUAAACGAGCAAGGCAGAGCACUGGGUCAAUAAAUGAAUUGGUGCCUGCCCCAGCUCAUUGCAAUCGUUCACAAAUGCUCCCUCCAGAAGUAAAUAAAAACAAUUUAGGAGAUGCAUCAAUGCAAAACAAAACCUUGGAAGCAACAAUACAACCACAAUCAGAAUUACUCAAAAACCAUGAAUCUGAAGAAAGUACUGCUUGCAUGGCAGACGCUAUUGGAAUAAUGCCUCAGAAGAUGACUGAUUCCAAAUCAGAUGCAUCUGCAUUGAAACCACAUGGCACUGUAGAAAAUUCUCCCACUAAGUCACAAAGCAGAAUUAAUAUGGAAAUGCAUGUACAAAACAAGUUGACAAAAGCUUGCACAUUUGACUUCCCAGUAUCACCCCCAAAUCAAGUUGCAAAGGAGGAAUGCGGUGCAGAAUCACCACUGUUGAAUCAAACCAAUGGGCAAGAGGAACGUGCACAGAAAGUCAGUGGAAGACUAGAUGGUCGUUCCAACUUGCAGGAAGGUGCUGCUGAAGACACCAAUACAAAUGCAGGUCACUUAGUGAAACAGGAAAACAUUGAUGCAAUUCGCUGUGGAUAUUCUGAAGGAAAUUUAAAACAUGAGUUAAAUACUGACUCCUUCGAUGCUUUAAAUGUAGGGGACCAGUCUUUCCUUGCUCCCAGAUCUGAAGCUGGACAGCUGCUUCUCCAGAAACUGUUACGCACAAAGAACUUGCAGCUUGUGGCACAGCGUUCCGGAGAAGGAACGCACUUGGCUCUAAAAGGACACAUUGAAAGCAAGGCUGCGAUGAUAGAUCGGAAACUUCAAGGUGCAACUGGAAAUCCAGAGAUUAAGGAAUUUCAAGAAAUGAACAAGAAAAACUUGGCUCCAAAAACAAAAAGGACACAGAAAACAACCGACAGAAGCAGCAACUCACGAAAGAAGAGUAGAAAGGAUGAGGGAAUAAAGAGUACAGAUGUCCUCAUGAAGCAGUUACAACAGCAAUUGUCCCUUCUCCCUUUGAUGGAACCUACUGUUGAGGUGAAUUUUGGCCACUUUCCUCCCUUUGGGAGCAGUCCUUUCAAUAGCAAGAACCAACUUAAAGGAUCCUUUGGGAACGCAGUGCUAGACAGUGUUCCAGAUUACUACUCACAACUUCUCUACAAGCAGAACAAUCUGAGUAACCCACCAACACCACCUUCGUCGUUGCCUCCUACACCACCUCCCUCUGUCCAGCAGAAACUGGUAAAUGGUUUAGCCACCUCUGAGGAGUUGACUGAAGGACAUAAAGAGCAUGAAGGACAAAAAGAUCUCAUGACGACAGAACUGAAAAAUAUGGACAUGUUGGCUUCCUUGCCCACACCGCCACACAAUCAAAAUGAAGAUCUGAGUAGAGCAGAGCUGGAAGAUGAUAGGCACACACCUGACAGCAUUGUGCCAGCAUCCUCACCUGAGAGUGUCCUUGGACAGGAAACAUCCCGGUUUCCCUUGCUGACUGAAGUGAAGGAAGAGUCAAUGGACCGUGCCCUGUCUCCUGUAAUUCCCAUAAUCCCAGGAGCUUGUAUCCCAGUAUUUCCUGAAACAAAGCCAUUUGUAAAUACAGAACCAUUUGUAGAAAGUACUGUGAAGAGCACACCUGUCUCUGGCCCAUGGAAAAGUAGCAAAGGAAACCAGGUUGCAGUCACACUCACUGUCUCAGGAACUGUUACUAAGGAUAUAAAUACAAUGAUGACAGUUCUUGCACAGUUGCUCCAAAUGAAGAUCCCAGGUUCCUACGAAGUUGCAUCUGUUCCAGGUGGUUCACGUUCUUUUCCGCCAGGUGGAAAAAAGUCCACGUUGGAAGCUCCUGGUCAAGGUAUGCACAACUUUGACCUUUUCAAAAUAGGUUCCAAAGACAACCCUGUGGAUUUGGAGAAACUGGCACUGGAAAAACAGUGGUACAAGCAAUGUGAUGUUGCAGUACCAGGUUCUGCCUUUAAGAAGCCAGGGGAAGAGAUGGUAACUGCCACAUUGGAAACGUCCUCAGACUGUCCAAUGAAAGAAAAAAAUGUGGUGCAUUAUUACAGUAAUAAUAUGUCCAUACUCGAUGUUCACCAGCUUCCUAUAAUACAACCAGAGUGUUCUCCACCCUCAUCCCCAAGUAUCUCAUCCCCUGGAACUCCAGCAGAGUCAAGUAAACCUGACCCAUCAGUUGAAUCACCAAAGAUCAAACAUCCUCUCCCUCUGGAUGAAAAGCAAUUUGAAGAACAUCAACCGCAAAUGAAGAGAUGGCGUGGAAUCCGUUGGAAACGUUUGGAAUUUAAAGUCAUAUUUCAUAAAGGGAAAUAUAAACACUUCUCACAACAGGAAAUUGAAGAACUCAUUCAGAAGUUAGGGACAUCAUUAAAACCAGACCCCAUGCCCAAGGACACUAGGAGGUGCUGCUUCUGUCAUGAAGAUGGUGAUGGAUUAACAGAUGGGCCAGCAAGACUUUUGAACCUGGAUUUGGAUUUGUGGGUCCAUCUAAACUGUGCAUUGUGGUCCUCUGAAGUUUAUGAGACUCAAGCAGGGGCACUGAUAAAUGUGGAAGUGGCUUUUCACAGGGGACUUACCACAAAGUGUGCUUUUUGUCAAAAGACUGGUGCCACAACAGGUUGCCAUCGAGUUCGGUGCCCAAAUACCUAUCAUUUUGCAUGUGCUAUCCGUGCCCGAUGUAUGUUUUUUAAAGAUAAGACGAUGCUUUGCAGUCAACAUAAAUUGAAAGGAGCAAAUGAGCAGGAAAUUCGGUGUUUUGCUGUUUACCGCCGUGUCUACAUUCAAAGAGAUGAGGUGAAGCAGAUUGCUAGCAUUGUGCAGCGUGGCAAACGCAGCCAUAUGUUCAGGGUUGGUGGACUGAUUUUUCAUGCCAUUGGUCAGUUGCUCCCCCAUCAGAUGCAGGAAUUCCACAGUGUAACAGCUCUUUAUCCAAUUGGAUUUGAGGCGACUCGAAUUUAUUGGAGUAUGCGAUACACUAACAAGCGUUGCUGCUACCACUGCACCAUCAAUGAUACUAAUGGGAAACCAGAGUUUGAUAUCCAGGUUAUUGAACAAGGACACGAGGAUCUGAUUGUUAGUGAUUGGACACCACAAGGUGUUUGGAACAGAAUUCUUGAACCUAUUGUGAGGCUGCGGAAAGAAGCAGACAUGCUAAGACUUUUUCCUGACUAUAUCAAAGGAGAGGACAUGUUUGGCCUGACAAUCCAUGCUGUCCUGAGGAUUGCAGAGUCGUUGCCAGGUGUAGAGAGUUGUCAGAACUACAUAUUCCGUUAUGGUCGGCACCCACUCAUGGAGCUCCCACUAGCUGUUAAUCCAACAGGUUGUGCCCGUUCUGAACCAAAGAUUAUGACUCAUUACAAACGGCCACACACCUUGAACAGUACCAGCACAUCAAAAGCAUUUCAGAGUACUGUAACUGGAGAAAUUAACACUCCCUACAGCAAACAGUUUGUCCACUCCAAAUCUUCUCAGUACCGCAGACUGAAAACUGAAUGGAAAAAUAACGUUUACCUGGCUCGAUCUCGAAUACAGGGUCUGGGUCUCUAUGCAGCCAAAGACCUUGAGAAACACACAAUGGUGAUUGAAUAUAUUGGGACAAUCAUUCGCAAUGAGGUUGCAAAUCGCAGGGAGAAAUUGUAUGAAACUCAGAAUCGAGGUGUUUAUAUGUUUCGGAUUAAUAAUGAGCAUGUGAUUGAUGCUACUUUAACUGGAGGCCCAGCCAGAUAUAUCAAUCAUUCCUGUGCCCCCAACUGUGUGGCAGAGGUUGUGACUUUUGACAAGGAGGACAAAAUAAUCAUUAUCUCAAGCAGGCGAAUUCCAAAAGGUGAAGAGCUGACUUACGACUACAAAUUUGAUUUUGAAGAUGAUCAACACAAAAUUCCUUGUCAUUGCGGAGCUCUCAACUGCAGAAAAUGGAUGAACUAAAACAUUGAGCAAAUUCAUCUGAUACAAAAUUCACAAUAAUUUCAGAUGGUUCAAAACUUCAGACAACAUCUGCUAUACUCUAAAUCAAACUGACAGAUCAUCCUAUAUGAAGAUGUGAAGAAUUCUCACUACUUCACAAAGAAGUAUUUACUGUGUUUUAUGUUGGGGUACAUCUGUGGUUGGGAGUUAGUGUAGUGCUCAGAGGUGCAAAACCUUCUACAAAAUUUAGCAAUGAAUUACUAAAAUAAAUGGACUACGCAGAUGUGCAAAGAUAUUAUACACAGCCAGUGACUGUGUUUCCUGCCAGGUCUGUGGGAUGCUUCUGAAUGUAAUCUCUGGAUUUCUUUUUGUCCAUAGUUCCUGCAAGAGAGAGAGGGGAGGGGAAGAGAAUGAGAAACCCUCACCUGUGCAGACCUUUUCUGAUGGGACUUAAUCUAAAGGAUAGAUUGUAUUUCUAAUGAAAUUCAGCCAAAGGAGGGAAGACUUGGGAUUGAAAAGUCUAUAGCUUUCUCUGCUGGAAGAGGUCUUUGAUAUAAGACAGAGCGUGGUACAUCUCAAGGUCAAAGGAAAUGGCAUUUUCAUCUGAUAAGAUUUUUUAGUAAAAAGAUUUGAAUAUUGCAGGGUUCACAUAAAAUAAACACUUUUUUGUGGGAGUGGAUUGAUUUUGAAACCAAGGCAGUAAUGAACUGCACUCCUAAAAACACUAGAGUUUUAAAGAGAUGGUGUCCCUUGGGUGUGACAAAAUUAAUUGCAUUAAUAUGUUAGAUUACUCAAACUGUUUGUCCAUAAUUGUAUUCUGGAGAGAUUAGUGUGGGAGUUUUUUUUGUUUGCAAGAUUUCUGAUUGCUUCACAAAAAAUCUUUGACUUUUUAAACAACAGACCCUUUGUCUGUUAUCACCAGAUUAUUGUUUAUUUCAAAGGAAUUUAACUCCAUAUUUGACCAAUAGUUAGAAGAAGAAAAAAAGUAAUAAAAGUAGUUUGAUAGAAAUAGAAAUGUAAUUAUCCAUGCAUCUUGGUCACUGUAAGUUCUGAGUGACCCUGUAAGAAAUGUUGAUCUUUUGCAUCAUCAGUAAUGAUAAUUAUACAAAAAUAAAUUUGCAGAAGGUACCUUUUGAAAGACAAUCCACAUUAGUAAGGACUCACUAGGACCAGGUUUAAUGGUUCUCUGUUGGGAAUUUACUGGAAAUAAACUAGGAACACUGGGGCUGGCACAAUAAUAAUACUGUCUGUAAUUUUCCAGUUGAAAUCAAGGAUCAAAAUAAUAAAUUGACCAGCUCCCAAUUCUGAAUCUUGACGAUCCCUUUUAAGCUGUUGAUCUGACAGCAUAUAUUUUCAUGAUCAAUGAGGGUUUCUUCCAUGCAUAUUAUUUUGUGGCAAGAGUGGGGACCUAUAACCUCAAUAAUAAGUCCUCAAUUGCUGAUCAAUAAUGCAAAAUAUAAUUAAAAGAACGGUAGCACUAAGAGGACUUGGUUUGCAGCCUCCUCGAUCCUGAUCAGUCAGUAUCAGCAGGUAAAUUGUUAGGGCAUUUGGUUCAACGCACAAAUGGACUCUCUCUGAAAUCUCUUGCAGAGGAGACUUGCACUGAAGGAUUUCUCACCUACUUGAUUCCACAAGUCAUUUUACUGUAGUUUUGUUCCUGUAAUAUAUAUAUAAAAGUGUGAAUUUUAUUCGGAACAGUAGGAUAGGUCUGGAUGGGGGAGAUUUUUUUUUUAUUGGCGCAAUUCGUGAAAGCUGCUUCCCCCACUGCAUCUUCUCCACGCUGCAACUGUAAAAAUGUAAAUACAAAACUUGUAGAAAUCUCCAAAGCAGAAACCACUGGAUCAGAUUCUCAUUCGUACAAAAGAACGGUUGGUAUUGGUGAUUAAAAAAAAUAGCUGCUGGUUGGAUUGAAGCAGGGAAGACAUUAGCAUGCAAUGAGAAGAUUCUAGGUAAUGUAGAUCAUGUUAGAUAAACUUAAGCUUACAGUGUUUUACUGUUUUUAUAAUAAAAGCUGAUUUCACCCCUCUUCAACUGGUAAGAGCCGGGGUGUCUUUUAAUGGAAGAUUCUAAUUUAAAAAUGGGGCUUUUUCAUUUUAGCUGAAGAUGUCCGCAGAGCCCUAAUGCAUUGUGAGAUCCUAUUUCUCCAAGCUGGGGAGGUUACAGUCAAGUAAUGUAUUGUUGGAACAUGUUCAGUUAACAAAUGAAGAUGUCCUGUUUGCAGUAAAGCCUUGUUCAUACUGUUUACACUCUGAGCUAGGUAUUUUGUGGUGCAUUUUAUCCUUGCAAUUGGGGCAAAAUUAAAAGCAGAGAUUUGAGUAUUUUUUAAUGACAAAAUAAACUUCCAGAAUAUGAAAGGGUUUUUUUGUGUUGUGUGCAUUCUGUACAGCAAAUGUUGUCACUGGUAAUGAAUUAAAAUUAUCCUUUUUUAUUGUA